CAUGCUCUGUAACAGACGACGCGGCCGGAGUCAGCAACGCGCAGCAGCCGCGGCGGCGGCGGCGGCAGCAGCUUUUUUUCUCUUUAUAAGCACCACUGCAUUGCCCGGAUGUGAAUGGAUUACAAUGCAUCUUUCAGGGAAACGUAUUACUAUCAAUUUCUGCGUGGGGGAGUCACUGGUGAUGGUGAUGAUGAUAAGGAGGAGAGCUCUGUAAAGUUGGAACAAGUUUAAGACUUUUUCGUGGCGCUGGCGGGGGCGGUUUAAACAAAAAUAAAGACGAGGGGGGCUCGCAGUGCCACCGAGAUUUUUGAAAAUAGUUUAUUAGCAGCCAUGUGUGCAUAGCGAAAGACACGAGGGAAAGUUCCUGGAUCUUCCUUUUGUAUUCUCAUUUUUGUUGCGAUUUUUUCCUCUUUUUGGCUGGCUUUUAAUUUUGCUUUAUUGGGGUGGGAAGACUUUGAUGGUGGAUAAUCCAAAACCAAGCCAAACCCCUCACCCGGUGUAGAGUUCUUUUAAAUUGAUGGAAUAUUUUCUGGAUCAAGACUGAGUACGAGUUAAAAGUACUUCUUCUAUUUUUGAGAGUUAAACACACGUGAGAUCAUAAAGCACCUUUGGAGAAGAUUUCUCUCUUUUCUUCCCCUAAAAUAUCUUUCCUUGGAAUAUUGUGAACAUAUUUGUGGCCAUUUAAGGUUUGUGUGAGUUUGCUAAAAUGCAUCACCAACAGCGAAUGGCUGCCUUAGGGACGGACAAAGAACUCAGUGAUUUACUGGAUUUCAGUGCGAUGUUUUCACCUCCUGUGAGCAGUGGGAAAAAUGGACCAACUUCUUUGGCAAGUGGACAUUUUACUGGCUCAAAUGUAGAAGACAGAACUAGCUCAGGGUCCUGGGGGAAUGGAGGACAUCCUAGUCCAUCCAGGAACUAUGGAGAUGGAACUCCUUAUGAACAUAUGACAAACAGGGACCUUGGAUCACAUGACAAUCUAUCUCCUCCUUUUGUGAAUUCCAGAUUGCAAAGUAAAACAGAAAGAAGCUCCUAUUCAUCAUACGGGCGAGACUCAAACCUACAGGGUUGCCACCAGCAAAGUCUCCUCGGAGGUGACAUGGAAAUGGGCAACCCAGGCGCACUCUCACCCACCAAACCUGGCUCUCAGUACUAUCAGUAUUCUAGCAAUAACCCGCGAAGGAGACCUCUGCACAGUACCUCUGUGGAAGUACAAACAAAGAAAGUUCGAAAGGUUCCUCCAGGUUUACCAUCUUCAGUUUAUGCCCCUUCUGCAAGCACUGCCGACUACAAUCGGGAUUCACCAGGCUAUCCAUCCUCAAAACCAGCAGGCAGCACUUUUCCUAGUUCCUUCUUCAUGCAAGACGGUCAUCACAGCAGUGACCCAUGGAGCUCCUCCAGUGGGAUGAAUCAGCCUGGUUAUGGCGGAAUGUUGGGCAAUUCUUCUCAUAUUCCACAGUCCAGUAGCUAUUGUAGUCUUCAUCCUCAUGACCGCUUGAGCUACCCAUCACACUCCUCAGCAGACAUCAAUUCCAGUCUUCCUCCAAUGUCCACUUUCCAUCGUAGUGGCACAACCCAUUACAGCGCUUCGUCCUGUACACCACCUGCAAAUGGAACAGACAGCAUCAUGGCAAACAGAGGAAGUGGAGCAGGAGGAAGUUCACAGACAGGCGAUGCACUGGGGAAAGCACUUGCAUCUAUCUAUUCUCCAGAUCACACCAACAACAGCUUUUCAUCAAAUCCUUCAACUCCUGUUGGUUCUCCCCCUUCUCUCUCAGCAGGCACAGCUGUUUGGUCUAGAAAUGGAGGGCAAGCGUCAUCAUCUCCCAAUUAUGAAGGUCCCUUACACUCUUUGCAAAGCCGGAUUGAGGACCGCUUGGAAAGACUGGAUGAUGCUAUUCAUGUUCUCCGGAACCAUGCAGUGGGGCCUUCAACUGCUAUGCCCAGUAGUCAUAGCGACAUGCAUGGCUUAAUAGGGCCCUCUCACAAUGGAGCAAUGGGAGGUCUUGGAUCAGGAUAUGGGACCGGUCUUCUCUCGGCCAAUAGACAUUCGCUAAUGGUUGGGGCUCAUCGUGAAGAUGCUGUUGGCCUCCGCGGCAACCAUUCGCUCGUGCCAAACCAGGUUCCAGUUCCACAACUGCCAGUGCCGUCUGCUACAUCUCCUGACUUAAACCAGCCUCCGGAUCCAUACAGAGGCAUGCCAACUGGGCUUCAAGGGCAAAGUGUAUCUUCAGGGAGCUCCGAAAUCAAAUCCGAUGACGAAGGAGAUGAAAACCUUCAGGACGCAAAAUCUUCUGAGGACAAGAAGUUAGACGAUGACAAGAAGGAUAUCAAAUCAAUUACUAGGUCAAGAUCUAGCAAUAAUGAUGAUGAAGACCUUACACCAGAGCAAAAAGCAGAGCGCGAGAAAGAAAGGAGAAUGGCCAACAAUGCCCGUGAGCGCCUCCGGGUCCGUGACAUCAACGAGGCUUUCAAGGAACUGGGCCGGAUGGUGCAGCUCCACCUGAAGAGUGACAAGCCCCAAACCAAACUUUUAAUCUUGCAUCAAGCUGUAGCAGUUAUACUUAGCUUAGAGCAACAAGUCAGAGAAAGGAAUCUGAAUCCUAAAGCAGCGUGUCUGAAAAGAAGGGAAGAAGAGAAGGUAUCUUCAGACCCUCCUCCACUUUCAUUGGCAGGACCCCACCCUGGAAUGGGAGACACAUCUAAUCAUAUGGGACAGAUGUAAAAAAAGAAAAGAAAAAGAAAAAAGGUCCAAGUUGCCACAUUCUCUUCAUGUAAACCAGAGACCACUUCGUUAACAGCUGUAUUAUCUUAAAAACCACAUAAACACUUAACCCCCCCUUUUUGUAAUAUAAUAAGACAAGUCUGAGUAGUUAUGAAUUACAGACGCAAGAGAUUUCAGCAUUCCCGAUUUCGAAACAAAAAGAGAAAGAAAAGUGCAACUUGAGAGGCGCCUCUCGUCAACAUAUCACUCGGAAUGUUUCACGCAUAAGUUAGGAGCUGUGCUCGUGCGGCCCAGAGACUGAAUGGCAGUCUUCUCCACACUGUGGGACAAUGCAUUUGUGCCUAAACUUCUUUUGGAAAAAAAAUAUAAUUAAUUUGUAAGUCUGAAAAAAUAUUUAAUUUAAAAAAAUUGUAAACUUGCAAUAAUGAAAAGUGUACUUCUGAAGAAAAAAUGAACGUUUUCGUUGGUGUACUAGUCAGCUAGUGUUUAUACUUACUGGAUAUUAAAAAGGGAAGCAUUGCUACCCACAUAUUUGCAAAACCAGCAAACGUCCUAAUGAAAACUGAAGUGAUGACAUUAGCCAUUCCUUAGGGUAGGAGGAACAGAUGGAUCUUAUAGACCUAUGACACACACACACAAACACACACACACAUAUAUAAAUAUAUAUAAAUAUAUAUAUAAAUAAAUAUAUAUAUUAAAAUUAGUGAAUAUGGUAAGCUUUUGUUCAUUUGUUUCAGACUUUUUGCUCCUGUAAAAAUAAAAAAAAAUACGGAUUAACUUUUUUAAAAAAAGAUUUUACUGUAAAUAAGGAUUUUUUUUUCUUUUGUCUUAUUUCUCUCCCGCUCCUUUGGUUCUUUAUUGUAACCUGUAGUGCCAACUCUGUUGCUGGAGGGGCAGUUCAGGAUGAAACGCUGACCCUGAUGUUGUUUAUCAUUCAUAAAUAAGUAGAGAGUGGUUUCUUCAGGCUUUUAGGGAGAACGCAGGACUCAGCAAGUCGUGUCAUGUGCAGAUCAACUGCAAGCAACUGAGACUUGGCCCAAAACUGUCAUUUUUGGGGUCCGCAUCAUAAAUAUAGUGCUAUCAUUUAGACCCCUUUUCUGGGAUUUUCAGAGGUACAAGGUUAGAAUGCUACAAAUGUUACCGCUGUGCCUUCCAAUGUUUAUAUCAUCGAAAACAUCGCAUAAGCAAAGAUGGCUUGAUUUAACAAACCAGUAAAAGUGUUAACUUUAAUGUGUGUAGCCUAAAUACGGUUUGCAGCGAGGCGUUUCAGAAUACAUGGUCAGAUUCGGGCGGGGGCGGGCAGGAUUUCAACGGGGAACACUGCUGGUUGUGUGACAGAUUUUGAUUUUUUUAAAAAACAUUUUUAAUAAAAAGGCAGGGGGGGUGGAAUUCCUGAAAGGUAGACCAUAUGCUGCCUCCUCCUUCAUUCAUGGAGGGGAAAAAAUGCCAGUAUCCAAUUAUCAUGCAGCGUUAGAACAAGCCUUACCCGUUCUAAAGCAUUAAGUUGCACUUUCCUGAGGAGGGGGGAGCAGAACAGUAUUUCUCCGGCCAGUAUGAAUCAAGUUUUUACUGAACAUAUAUAUAAUAGCAUAGAUCAAACCUACGGCACAGCAAUUCAUCCGAUAACUAGCUUUGGCUGCAACCGAACUAGUAUCCAUUGCAAAUCUGCUAAAGAUUGACCUUGGUAUGUAGAACAAUUAACAAAUAGUGCUCCCAAUUAUGUCUUUGUCAGCAUCCUUUUGUCUCCAGUUCCAGCUUCUUCUUUUUUUUAAUAGCCACACAACUUGGCAUGUAUUUUUUAAACGAACUCUCCCUGUUCAAGUAGAUUUUCCACCUAUCAGCACUGAGGAAAUGCCAUAAGUCCAUUGAAAACGGUCUAGACGUUCCAUCUGUUCUCCAGUUUUGCCAGUUACAUAGUAAUGAAAAAAUGCAUUUGUAAAUUUUAUGCAACAAAAUGGCAAACGUAUCAUUAUUUUGAAAUUGUGUACGUAAAAGUUAUAUUUUUACAUGUAGACUCUUGUUAUUCUGUGUUUUAAUACAUUGUAUCCGUUUUUUGUUUUUUUUAACUGUGUGGUUGAAACAAAUCUCAUUUAAAUGAUAUGAGAAUCUGAUUUUUAUGUUUCUGAAAAACGUAAAGAACAAAUAUGAUAGUUUACCAUGUGAACCACCCUCUACAUAUCCCAUAAACUUUUUGAUUACCUAUGUGUACGUGUUGAAAAUUGUAAAUAUGUUCACUAGCAGUAAACCUUAAAACGCUUUUAUUUGUUAAUAAGUUUCUCAAAUGUGGAGGUGGAUUAAAAACAUUGUAAUUAAAAGCAUAAUAGAGCGAUAUCUAUAUUAGAUUGAGAACAACAGAUAAGUAUUUCAUUACCCAUGUUGUACUUUUAAUAGACUUUCUUUAAACGAUAACGGGUGUGGUCACCGUAAUUCAUUUAUUUACUGGUAUUCUGAACAAUGUGGAGGAUUCUGUUUUAACUGUCAAACAUAUUAAUAUUGGUUAGGAUUCAAAAUUUUGAAAAAACACAUAGUUUUUGGAGGAAAUUAUUUCUUCAGGAGCUGAGCUUAUUCUAAAAAUUGAAAGUACCCAAAUGGACAACCGGUUCCACUACCACCGUUUCUGUGCAUGUCCCUCCCCCACACAAUAUGCUUAGGUCUACCAUCAUCCCAUUCAAUCUGUAAAACUGUUGCCUGUGUGGAUUGUCAGAAGGUUAAAAUGCAUCUAAAAUUAUUAAAAUGUUACAUUAGGAAACUUAAUAAGAUAGAAGCUAGGUAGCACAUGCAAAUCAAAAUGACAUUUUUAUUUUAUUUAAUCGUUUUCCGGCAUAAUCAUUUUAUUUAAUCAUUUUAUUUAAUUAUGUCAGCAUUUAAGCAUGCACAGUCCAGAUUACUCAUAAACAGUGACAAAAAGAUGGACUUUUUUAAAAAAAAUCCAUAUUUCAGUGUGUGCUUAUGGGUAAAACAUGAUUCUAAACACCAGUAGUGAUCAUGAUCUACAUACAUCCAAGAAAAAGCUCAUUAUGUAUGAAAAGUCAGUCUUGUCUUACAGUUUUUGAGAAGGUUUCAUGUUCCAUAAUGGAAUUUAAACUUGAAGAAUAACCAGUCACGCUAGUAUUCGUGGGGGGAGGGUUCUACAGUCAUGCAUUAAUUUAGCCCUAAGACAAAAGGCAUGAAGAAUUGCUUGAUCUUUGCUGCUUCCGUCAUUUUCAAGCAGGUUUCCUCAGGAGUAGUGACCACUUCUUGGUAGAUGCAGUGGUGGCUUCUGUCUAAUGACCACUGAGGGCCAGGCAUUGUACGGUUACAACAACUACUCAAAAAUUUCUGUGGGAACUUAUCAAAUGUUUAGUCAGUGAUCCACCUCCACAUUCAAGUAAUUUAUGAAUAUGCUAAUUAGGAAAAUCUGUUCAUCUAGAAGGUUUUGGUUUUGGUUUUAACAUUUGUCUUAAGUGUAGCUGCAAGGAACACUAAUGUUUAUACAACUGUCAGUGCUACCGGUGAUGCAACUUGUACCGACGCAGUCUUCCGAUUUGUUUUGUUUAAUUUCAUUUGGAGGGUGGGUGACGGGUGGGGUGGAAUUUGCCAUUUUCAUCCUUCUAUCUGAUAGGCACCAUGCGAUCUGUGCCAAAAAGUGAACAAUACAUACGUUGCCAGGAACGAAGAGAAUUCAUCAGGGGAGAAAAAGCACAAAAAAUUGAACAUAGUCCACUGACUGACUUGAGGAGGAGAAGGAAAAAAAGAUAUUCUAAAGAUGGAAUGUGAUGAAUUCCAACACAAAGGGGCACCAAGACCUUUUCAGCUUCUUGUUUUAUUUUCUUUUUCUUUCUUUUUUUUAAUGACGUAUUCUUUCUCAUGGGACUUGAAGUUGAUUCACCUUUGUGCAGUGCUGGUUUGACCAUAUUCAUUUCAAGUAUUAUAGACUUAUGUAAUGGUGAAAAUAUAUGAACUGUGGCCUUUUUCAUUCUUGUUACUUGUGAUGCAACUAAGUGAAGAUAAGAGAGAAAAAAAGCAGAGAUUUACCAUGUAUCAGUGCCUGGCUUUUUGUUACAAAGCUUCGUUUGUCUAGUGACCUUUUUGCUAUAAAAUAGACUGUAGUACACCCUAGUAGGAUAAAAGAAAACCCUAAAUUUAAAAAUAAAAAAAUAUAUUUGGCUUAUUUUUCACAGGAGCAAUCCUUUUAUACCAUGAAUAUUGCAAGGGGAAAAAUUGUCGGAUUCUGAAUAUUUCUUCUUUGUAGAUUUUUGGAAUCAUUCUGAGUAAAAGUUUGUUACUUUAUUUUACUAUUUAAAAGAUGUUAUUUUACCAUGUGUUACCGAGAUGAAAUUGUAUGGUAGCUACUUCUUUUUUCUUUUUUUCUUUUUUUAGUUGUAGGUCGCAGUGGGGAAAUUUUUUGCGACUGUACACAUAGCUGCAACAGUUAAAAAGAAAAAGAAAAGAAAAAAUGAAAAAAAGGGAAAAAAUUAUAAAAGGGACAAAAAGAAAAAAAAAGAUAAAACAGUUACACUUUGUUUUCAACGUGUGGCUGAGUGCCUCAAUUUUUUUCAUGUUUUUGGUGUAUUUCUGAUUUGUAGAAGUGUCCAAACAGGUUGUGUGCUGCAGUUCCUUCAAGAAGAGAAACAGCUUUCUGUAGGCCAUUACCUGUUUCCCAUCUGUAGUUAUUCGAUGCCGUCAUGUACAUGACCGUUCUGUAGCAAUAAAUGUGCCAUUUUUAUAAACUGUU